GGUGAGAGGGGUUCUGGGGACUUCCUGUGUGGUGGGAGCUGGUGCUUAGAGUGGAGGACCCCUCAGACUGUUUCUCCAUUUUGGUCACGAAGAUGAAGAUGCUUUUACUUUUGAUGUUAUUCUAUGGCAGUGUCAACAGUGAUGCAGUUUCGAAGCCCAACAUUAUUAUAGCAAUGGCAGAUGACCUUGGCAUUGGAGAUCCUGGAUGCUAUUGAAACACAACCCUAAGAACCCCUAAUAUUGACAGGAUAGCCAAAGGGGGAGUCAAAUUCACUCAGCACUUAGCUGCAUCUCCACUGUGUACACCAAGUAGAGCAGCUUUUCUGAGAGGCCGUUACCCUAUCCAAUCAGGGAUGGCUUCACGCUCUAAGGUUGGAGUGUUUCUAUUUUCAGCUUCCUCAGGUGGACUACCUACAAAUGAAAUCACUUUUGCCAAGCUUUUGAAGAACCAAGGCUAUUCUACCGCCUUGAUAGGAAAAUGUCACCUUGGGAUAAACUGUAACAGCAGAGAUGACUUCUGUCACCAUCCUUUAAAUCAUGGUUUUGACCAUUUCUAUGGACUGCCAGUGACCAAUCUAAGAGACUGAAAACCAGGAUCAGGCACUGUGUUUACCACAGCCAUUCAUAUGUUUGUUUUCAUUCCUCUGCAAAUUGUUGGCAUCGCUCUUGUCACUUUGGAGGCCCUCAAUUGCCUUGGCCUGUUUCAGCUCCCUCACUAGGUAUUCUUUUCCUGUCUUUUAUUAGCAGCCACUAUAAUUGGACUCCUAGCCUGUUUCCUUCAUUUUUUCCGACCCUUAAACUGCAUCUUGAUGAGGAAUCAUGAGGUUGUCCAGCAACCAAAGUCUUACGACAAUCUCACCCAGAGAUUGACCAGGGAAGCACUCAAGUUCAUAAACAGGAACACCAGGACACCCUUCCUUCUUUUCUUAUCCUAUAUUCAUGUCCACACUGCACUUUUUUCCUCUAAGGAGUUUGUGGGCAAGAGCAAACAUGGAAUAUAUGGGGAUGCUGUGGAGGAGAUGGAUUGGAGUAUAGGGCAGAUCUUAAAAACUCUAGAUAAGAAGAAAUUGACAAAUAAGACACUUGUGUACUUUACCUCUGACCAAGGAGCUCACAUCGAGGAGGUAACCGACAAGGGAGACAUCCAUGGAGGAAGUAAUGGAAUUUAUAAAGGGGGAAAAGCUAAUAACUGGGAAGAAGGGAUCCGGGUUCCAGGACUUCUUCGCUGGCCUGGAGUGCUACAGCUUGGAACAGUGAUUGAUGAACCAACUAGUAACAUGGAUUUGUUCCUGACCAUUGUCAAACUUGCAGGAGCAGCAUUGCCUGAGGACAGAGUUAUUGAUGGACAUGAUCUGAUGCCCUUGCUUCAAGGAAAAAUUCUCCAAUCUGAGCAUGAAUUUCUUUUCCAUUACUGUAAUACAUAUUUAAAUGCAGUGCACUGGCAUCCGAGAAACAGCACAUCUAUCUGGAAAGCUUUUUUCUUUACACCAAAGUUUAAGCCAGAUGAUUACAAUGGCUGUUUUCCAACCCACGUGUGCUUUUGCAAUGGGCAUUAUGUCACUUGUCAUAAUCCAUCCCUACUCUUUGACAUCUCCAAACACCCAAAAGAGAGACAUCCAUUAACUUCAAAAAUGGAAAACCAUUUUCAUGAAAGUCUGAGAGUCAUGCAAGAAGCAGCGGACAACCAUAUGAAGACACUCAGUGCAGUUCCCAAUCAGUUAUCUUGGGGAAACUUUCUUUGGAAAUCCUGGCUUCAGUUGUGUUGUUCUUCUUCUUAUCUCUCCUGCCAUUGUGAUCGGGAAGCCAAAGGUAGGGGUAAAGGUGUCAGACUAUAGCAUCGAAACAAGCAAAGACUCUUUCCUGGAUGAGUAACCUUCAUUUGAAAAUUCAAAACUUGGAAUUCUGUUACUUUUCCCCAUGUAGUCAACAAGGCCUGGCCAAAGCAAAUCAUAGUACUCCCCUGGAUCCCGUGGCAUGGUAUACUUUCUGUGAUCCGAAGGAUUGACUGUACUUUUCAUGAUAACUUAAUGAAAACUUUAGGGUGUGCUCUGUUGAGAAGGAAGAACUAUGGUCUUAUAUUGCAGGACCAAUAUGGCUGAUUUGAUUGGUGGGAUGUAGUAAGAAGUGUGAGGAUAAAGGAGGAAUUUGAACAACUAUUCAAACAUUUCUACUGAUGGUUGGACUCUACAAAAAAAGCUCCAAAGAGAAUCGUCCCUCAUUCUUGAACUUCUUGUUAAGUCAUAUUUUUCCAUGACUUGGAGCUGGACACAAUGCCUGGCAAUGACUAUCUAUGAUUGAUAGAUUUUUGCAUUAGGGGAAAA